GGGGGAUUGAGAGUGUUUGAAUGGAUAUUACCCGGUGCACGGAGAAAUGGGUAAAACAAGAAAAGGAGAGGCCUCCGACAUCCUCCAUGAUGCUGUCCAGUAAGAAGUCAGAUGCUGGCUCCUCUUCCUCCUCCUCUUCGUCUACUGCAGGAGCAGCAGGAGGGGAUAGGCCCCAGGUUUCUGAUGCACAGACUGGUACUUCAGCCUCAGCUGCAGGAGUUAUGGAAGUAAAGAAGAAAGAAAGGUCAUCCCCCAGUGGGGAGCCUGGUGGAGCCCCUUUGCCCCACCAAGCAGGCCCUGGGGGGGCAGAUCAGGACUCAGCUGAAGUCCGCAGGACGAGUCGACGCAAGCGAGCAAAACAGGUGGAGUACCGCGAGAUGGACGAGAGCCUGGCCAAUCUGUCUGAGGACGAAUAUUACUCUGAAGAGGAGAGGAACGCCAAGGCAGAAAAAGAGAGGAAGCAGGUCAUCCCUCCUCCGCCUCCCCCUCCAGAGGAGGAGAAUGACAGCGAACCAGAAGAACCAUCUGGUGUGGAAGGAGCUGCUUUUCAGAGCCGUCUCCCUCAUGAUCGUAUGACGUCCCAGGAGGCCGCUUGCUUCCCUGACAUCAUCAGCGGCCCUCAACAGACUCAGAAAGUUUUUCUCUACAUUCGCAACCGUACACUCCAACUGUGGCUGGACAACCCUAAGAUCCAGCUAACCUUUGAGGCCACAGCACAGCAACUUGAAGCUCCAUACAACAGUGAUGCCAUGCUGGUCCACAGGAUACAUAGCUACCUUGAAAGGCAUGGCCUCAUUAACUUUGGCAUCUACAAGAGGGUCAAGCCUUUACCCACUAAGAAGACUGGGAAGGUUAUCGUCAUUGGUGGAGGUGUGUCUGGCCUUGCAGCAGCUCGACAGCUGCAGAGUUUUGGGAUGGAUGUUACAGUAUUGGAGGCCAGGGACCGGGUUGGAGGCAGAGUGGCCACAUUUAGAAAGGGCAAUUAUGUUGCUGAUCUGGGGGCCAUGGUGGUGACAGGCCUGGGAGGGAAUCCCAUGGCAGUGAUCAGUAAGCAGGUUAACAUGGAGCUGGCUAAGAUCAAACAGAAAUGUCCACUGUAUGAGGCCAACGGCCAGGCUGGUGAACGGUGCACGAGUGUGCCAAAAGAAAAAGAUGAGAUGGUAGAGCAAGAAUUCAACAGAUUGUUAGAGGCCACCUCCUACCUCAGCCACCAGCUGGACUUUAACUUCCUCAACAACAAACCAGUUUCUCUGGGACAGGCCCUGGAGGUGGUCAUACAGCUGCAGGAGAAGCAUGUGAAGGAUGAGCAGAUAGAACACUGGAAGAAGAUUGUGAAGACGCAGGAAGAUCUCAGGGAUCUUCUCAACAAGAUGGUGACCACCAAGGAAAGAGUUAAAGAGCUCCACCAGCAGUAUAAAGAGGCCAGUGAAGUCAAGCCACCCAGAGAUAUCACAGCCGAGUUCCUGGUGAAGAGCAAGCACCGCGACCUCACCGCACUGUGCAAAGAGUAUGAUGAGUUGGUGGAGAUGCAGGUGAAGCUGGAGGAGAAGCUGCAGGAGCUGGAAGCUAAUCCACCCAGUGAUGUUUACCUGUCAUCCAGGGACAGGCAGAUCCUAGACUGGCACUUUGCCAACUUGGAGUUUGCCAACGCUACGCCUCUCUCCACCCUCUCUCUCAAGCACUGGGAUCAGGACGAUGACUUUGAGUUCACCGGCAGCCACCUGACAGUGAGGAAUGGCUACUCGUGUGUGCCCGUGGCUCUGGCCGAGGGCCUAGACAUCAAACUUAACACAGCAGUGCGUCAGGUCCGAUACACAGCCUCCGGCUGUGAGGUGAUCGCUGUCAACACUCGCUCCACGACCCAGACCUUUAUCUAUAAAUGUGACGCUGUGCUGUGCACCUUGCCGCUUGGUGUACUGAAGCAGCAGCCGCCGGCGGUGCAAUUUGUUCCCCCGCUGCCCGAGUGGAAGACAGCUGCUAUACAGAGGAUGGGCUUCGGCAACCUCAACAAGGUGGUGUUGUGUUUUGACCGUGUGUUCUGGGAUCCCAGUGUCAACCUGUUUGGUCACGUUGGCUCCACCACAGCAAGUCGAGGCGAACUAUUCCUCUUCUGGAACCUCUACAAAGCCCCGAUCCUACUCGCUCUGAUGGCCGGUGAGGCUGCUGGCAUCAUGGAGAACAUCAGUGAUGAUGUCAUUGUCGGACGCUGCCUGGCCAUUCUUAAAGGAAUAUUUGGAAGCAGUGCUGUACCACAGCCAAAGGAAACCGUGGUCACUCGCUGGCGUGCUGACCCCUGGGCACGGGGCUCCUACUCGUAUGUUGCAGCAGGUUCUUCGGGUAACGACUACGAUCUGAUGGCACAGCCCAUCACACCUGGCCCUGCCAUCCCAGGAGCCUCGCAGCCCGUGCCUCGUCUGUUCUUCGCCGGAGAGCACACCAUCAGGAACUACCCAGCCACAGUUCACGGCGCCCUGCUUAGCGGGCUCCGCGAGGCAGGACGCAUCGCAGAUCAGUUUCUCGGUGCCAUGUACACACUUCCCCGACAGGCCACCCCUACAGCCGCUAGCAACCCUCAGCAGGCUCAGCCCACCCCGAGCAUCUGAGAGGCCUCUGCCAGUUUCCUGUUAACUCAGGACUGUCCAGGACUGACCAACAACACGAGAAAAACACAAACCAUCUACUGUUGACAUUUCUGUACGUGGAAGAUUUUGGAAUUUACUGAAACGACUUUGCCUUUGCUCAGAUGAGUCACAAUAAUGUUGAAUUGAGUAUUUCAGUUCUUCCCAGCAAUAUCUGUGAAUAUACAUACACUAUAACUACAUUUGACUAACAGACAGAUCUACAGACUGAGAUAUGCUGAAGCAUGAUGACUAAAUGUUGUUUUUAUUACAUACUAAUGUAAUAAUUAAUCUAAGGCUUUAUAAAUGUGAUUUUUCCAGUCUUAAAAACAGAAGCAUGGCUUUACUUUUGGUACUUGGGAGUGUUUCAGUGUAUAUGAAUCCAUGUGGAGUUUAUUUGCAGAUCCCAACAUAUAUUUAUAUGCCCCUGUCUGAACAUUAAGAAUGGCUGAAAAAUGUACACACGACCUCAAACCGGACAUAAAAAGGCAGAUAAACAAUAGUCAUUUCCCAUUGGUGUCAUUCCAGAGGCCUGUCUCGGUUGUCUUAAGGUUUAAAAAAAGAAAAAAAUUGUAGUUGUGUGCCUCCUAAAUUUAAUUUAUAUUAUUUAGGUUGCAGAGACUAGUGAAAAUAGUUUUUAUUACAAGCUAAAAAAAGAUGUUUGUUGAAAGAAUUGUGAAUGUUUUUGUUGCCAUAGCAUUAAGUAUUGUUAUGGUUAUUAUCACAUACUGUCGUCCCACACUUUUUUAUAUUGUCAGUUGUUUUUGUUAUUAAAAGAAGACAGAAAUUGCA